AUGGGUGUCGCAGUGGUGGUGGACUGGAACCAUUCUCGAUGCCAAGGCCAGGCAGGAGACCUUCUCAUUGUCAAUGUAGAUUGCACAAGGUUCAAAGAAGAACUUGGGGUUGCUGGCAAUCAUGUCGUUGGUGGCUAUCAGCUCAUCGGCGUAGCCUUGAGCAAUGUCGUCCACUUCAGAGUUCCGCCGUUCCCACCAGGACAUCUGUUGCCAUGUCUUGGUGCAAUCAGCAUGGCCGCCCACAUGUUGUUUGGCCCAGGAGAUGUUGGAAACUUGGAGGGCCUCGCGGAUGGAGGAGAAGAGAUUGAAGUGUGGGGCGGUUGGAGACAGCGGCCACGGAGAGAAGGCCUGGCAAAGCGCAGCGAUCCCAUCACACGCCACCCAAACGCGUGGUUUGGCAAGUGA